AUGUUUCCCAACAUUAAAUAUUUCAGAUGCUUUAUAAACCCAGAGUCAGUCAGUCCUCAUCUUUUUUGUUCAAUCUGUCAAGAAGUUUUUGUGGAACCUUAUAGAGCUCCAUGUGGCCACAGUUAUUGUAAACAUUGUAUAAUGGAAUGGCUGAAAAACAGUAAUACCUGCCCAGAAGAUCGAAAAAAGCUCACAUUGAAAAACAUGCAUCAUGAUUUUAUUCUUGAAAAUAUUAUAGGAGAUCAAAAAGUUGGCUGUCCAUAUAGGGAACAGGGCUGCUGUAAAGUUUUAAAUUUGUCUGCUCUUGGUUUACAUUUAAAAGAUUGCUCAUUCAAUCCUUUGAACAUACCAGAAUUUCUAAAAAAAGAUUUGCAUUCAUUAUCACCCAAGGAUGCAGGUAACUUUUUUUAUUCUAUAGAAGUAUAG